AUGCAGUUCUCUAAACUCGACGAUUCGCCGAUGUUUCGGCAACAGAUGCAAUGCAUGGAAGAAAAUGCCGAGGCAUUAAGAGGCAGGUGUUUGAAGUUUUAUAAAGGAUGCCGAAAGUACACAGAAGGGCUUGGAGAAGGAUAUGACGGGGAUAUUGCUUUUGCUAGUGCGCUUGAAAAUUUUGGAGGAGGCCAUAAUGAUCCAAUUUGUGUUGCUUUUGGAGGCCCUGUUAUGAACAAAUUCACAAUCGCUUUGAGAGAAAUUGGUACAUACAAGGAAGUUCUUCGGUCACAGGUGGAGAACAUUCUAAAUGAUAAGUUGCAGCGUUUUGUUAGUUUUGAUCUGCAAGACAUCAAGGAAGCACGGAAGCGUUUUGACAAGGCUUCCAUGAUGUAUGAUCAGGCGCGUGAUAAGUUUCUUUCAUUGAGGAAGAGUACUAGGACGGAUGUAGCUUCUGCCAUACAGGAGAUUAGUGCUGUUUCUGUUGUCGAGGCCAAGAAGAGAUUUGAGUUUCUGGAGGCUGUCAGUGGAACAAUGGAUGCUCAUCUUAGAUUCUUCAAGCAGGGAUAUGAGCUGUUGCACCAGAUGGAGCCUUUCAUUAACCAGGUCUUGGCUUAUGCACAGCAGUCUAGAGAAUGUUCCAACUAUGAACAAGUAUCUCUUCAUGAAAGGAUGCAAGAGUUCAUGAAGCAUAUUGAUCAAGAAAGUAGGCAUUCUGUAAAUGGCAUCCUUGGUUCUCCUCAUAAAGAUAGCACACGGCCUACAGCUAGGAGUUCACAAAAAGUGAUAGAGGAGGUUAUGCAAACUGCUGCAAAGGGGAAGGUUCAAACCAUUCGACAAGGAUAUCUGUCAAAACGUUCCUCAAAUUUGAGAGGUGAUUGGAAAAGAAGGUUUUUUGUUCUUGAUAAUCGAGGAAUGCUUUACUACUAUCGCAAGCCAUUCAACUGGUCAUCUUCAGGUGGGAGUCAAUCUGCAGUACAGAGAAAUGGUUCUUCUGAAAAUGGUCACGGAUUGUUGAGUCGGUGGCUUUCUUCUCACUACCAUGGCGGCGUGCAUGAUGAAAAAUCUGUUGCACGUCACACUGUGAACCUGCUGACAUCAACAAUAAAGGUUGAUGCAGAUCAAUCGGAUUUAAGAUUCUGCUUCAGGAUUAUUUCACCAAUGAAGGUCUACACUUUGCAGGCAGAGAACGCACUGGACCAAAUGGACUGGAUUGAAAAGAUAAAUGGGGUGAUCACUUCGUUAUUGAGUUCCCAGAUCACUGAAAGAUUUCUUUCUUCGAGUCCAAUGGGAAGUGGUGACCAUCACUCUGUUAGUGAGAGUGGCUCAUUCGAAGAUUCUCCUGACAUUGAUCAGACAGAGAUUGAGGAGUUCACAUUUGAUACCGGAAGUCAUUUACAUCCAACCAGAAGUUUGCAACGACAAGAUUACAGCAUAAUAAAAAUUGAAAAGCCAAUUGAUGUGUUAAAAAGAGUGCCUGGGAAUGACAGAUGUGCUGAUUGUGGUGCACCUGAACCAGACUGGGCAUCCUUAAACCUUGGUAUUCUUAUAUGCAUUGAAUGUUCUGGUGUUCAUCGUAAUCUUGGGGUACAUAUAUCAAAGGUAAGAUCACUAACACUCGAUGUAAAAGUGUGGGAUCCAUCUAUCUUAAACUUGUUUCAGUCACUGGGAAAUGAUUAUGCAAACAAAAUAUGGGAGGAGUUGUUGCAUUCAAUAAGUUCUACUUCUGAUGAAGUACCUAAGGGAUUUUCUAAAUCUGAUAGACACAAGCUGCUCCGCAUAAGGAAACCCAAUCCCGACGAUCCUAUCUCAGUGAAGGAGCAGUUUAUUCAUGCAAAGUAUGCCCAAAAAGUUUUUGUAUGCAAGUUAAAGGACAAUCAGCAUACAGCGGUGCAACAAAUGUGGGAAAGCAUCCAUUCUAAUGACAAGAAAGGAGUUUACCGCCAUAUUGUCUGCUCUGGGGCAGAUGUCAAUGCCAUCCAUGGACAAGCAUCAUUUAGUGAUUCUUUGAACAAGCUAUCAGCAAGCUAUCUGAAGUCAUUAAAUAGAAGCGAGGACCAGCUCAUAAAGGAAAUUUCCGAUGGCUGUCCUUUGCUUCACCUUGCCUGCCUAACAGCUGACAAUGGCAUGGUAGAGUUACUCUUACAAUAUGGCGCAAAUAUAAAUGCUUCUGAUUCAAAAGGGCAUACAGCACUGCACUAUUGCAUUAUCAGCAAGAGAUAUCCUAUUGCAAAAUUGCUGGUUAUGAGGGGAGCCGAUCCACAAGCUGUGAAUGAGAAGGGCAAUACUGCUUUACAGCUUGCAUCAGGAUCAUCCAUUGAUGACAGCGAGCUUAUACUUCUGUUAACAGGCAAACACUUUACUCAAAGGCGGUGA